AUGGACAGAACUCCGAAGCGGAUGAAGCGCGGAGUGGAUGAUUCUACGGCCACUCGCAUCCGCUAUCAAAGCCCACCUCCACGAGAUGAGGGUGGCAUUACCGCCUAUCUUGCCAGUGGCAGGAACAUCAAGCACCUGGAACCUCGCCACACGCCGCCGGAUGCCUGUCUGGCGCAGGACAGAGCAUUAUGCAAGGCUGAAGUCCUGAAAGCAGCCGAGGAGAACGCCAAACUUCCUCGCAGAGACAGCGCGGUGAACACUGAUGCCGCUUCUGAGACGAAAGAAUUUGUGCCAUUCGCUGAGGAGGAGUACGAGAUCCAGCCUGAGCUAAGCUCACCGAAGCUGCCCUUCCGUGUCUCACCCGUGAAAACCAACAAGAAGCUCGAUGAGGCGGUGGCGCAGGCUGCUUCAUCCUUCUCCACAAGCCCCAGAUCUGGCACCACUCCGGCCAUCACAGUGGAAGCGGCAUCACCACCCGAGCAGAACGACUCGCUUCUCAGCUCACCAAAAUCGGACCGUCGACGGAGCUCCACGCGGAGGAGAACUAACAUAGGCUCGAGCCGUGAUGACCUAGAAAUCAACGGAAACGCUCUGCUCGAUCCCACCAGAUCGGCGGAGGGCCAAAAAAUUACGCUCUACAAAGACAGAACCGGAAAAUGGUACGAGGUGGAUAUUGCAGACAGGCCAGACUGGGCCGUGGACGUGAAGACGAUCUUCAAGGCGGCGCCGGCUAGGCGACGAGAGAGCAGUUAUCUGAAGCGCCACGAGUGA